GCCACAGCCUUAAUCACAGUCAGCUCUGAAGCUAACCUGAUAGCUAGGUUAAUGGGGAGGCAUCAGCGGUGACAACUCUCCUUUCCCUGUCACAACGUUACCCGUAUGCAUUUUUCAUCGACAUAGAACUUACUUGGCAGAGAGAUGUCGGCGCCGGGCCACACGAAUUUGAACACUUCUGUCAAUUACAGUUUGAACGCAACCCAGAAUGGUGGAUCGGCUCCUCCGUAUCAGAACGGUCCUGCGCAAUCAUACCCCUCAACGUAUCCAGCUACUGGAUACGGCGCUACCCCUCAACAUUACCCCUCAAGUACCGGACAUUGUGUACCAGCCUCUGGCAAAAUUCCAGUUAUGAACAAUGAUUACGGUAACUACUAUAGCCAACACCAACCCCCUUUGCCACCUGCUGCUGGGGCAGUCACAGCCCCCUCAUCAUAUGGGGUUCCCCAGGGAUCCCUGCCUCCUUCGCAGCCCUACAACACGGUCAACACCCCAGCCUCCGCCGGAGCGCCACUGCAUCCAGCAGCUUACCAGCAUCCCUACACUAUGCCUUCUGCCUAUUACGGACAGCAAUACCCAGUGUCCCAGGCGCAGUCGCAGCAACCAAAUCUAAUGGCAGUGUCCAGUGGAGCAAACAAUGGAGCUCCCCUGUACCCCAUUGUGUCAUACCCCUCGGCUCCAGGAAGUAGCCAGUAUGGCACGCUCCGAUCUUCUCAGGCCCCCAUGGGACCUGGACCUGUUUCAGGCCCCAGUGCAACCGUGCCCCCCAGCCAAGCUACUGGACAGUCCAUGCCCAUGGGAAACGGACCUACUCCCCCCACAUCAGCCAUUCCUGCUCACCCGGGGUAUGGAGCUGCUCAUUAUUGCCAACCAGCAACAGUUAAUGGACAGACAAAUGCACUCCAAACUCAAGCAAUGCAACAUUAUGACCAAAACAUCCAUGGUCAAACGACCUAUUCCUAUGGAGGGAUGCCCCCCAAGACAGAGGGCCCUGACGGAGAUCGGACGCUUUCAGGAACCCCAUCCACCUCAGUACACUCCUCACCAGGCCACCAACCAGGUCUGCCGUACGGAUACAUUACAAAUAGCGGGGUUAGCUCCGCCCCCGUCGCGUCCGCCACACCCGCUGGACACUCCUCUUCGAGCUCAGAGGACGAAGACGACGAAGACGAGGAUGAGGAAGCAGGUGCAGACAGCUCCUCCAGCACUACGGGCAGUGCCUCCCCCGUGCCCAACAGCUACGAGUCCCUGGAGGGUGGGAGUUACGCAGACCCAGCAUCCAUUCCACCCCAUGGGGAUCCGUCGCGGCAGGCUCCGUUUGGCUACUCGUACCCGGCCAUGCAGCCCAACUACGUCCAGACAGCUCCCAGGUCCAACCCCGCCACCUCCUCAGGCUUCCACCAGUCUGGGUACCAGGACAUGUCACAGCCUUUCCCCAGCAUGUCCCAGCUGUCGGCGGCGCUGGGCGGCCUGAGCGCGCCCGAGCUCACCGUGGACAGCCUGCGGCCCGUCAACCUGCUGCAGGAGCGCAACAUCCUCCCCCCCACCCCCACCGCCCCGCCCGAGCCCAACCUCAGCACCGACCUCAAGAAUGUCAACUGCAACCCUGACACGUUCAGGUGCACGCUCACCAACAUCCCCCAGACCCAGGCCCUGCUGAACAAAGCCCGGCUCCCGCUGGGCCUCCUGCUGCACCCCUUCAGAGACUUGAGUGUGAGUUCUCAGCUACCGGUCAUCACCUCCAACACCAUAGUGCGCUGCCGAUCGUGCCGGACCUACAUCAACCCCUUCGUCUCCUUCCUGGACCAGCGGCGGUGGAAAUGCAACCUGUGCUACCGGGUGAACGAUGUUCCGGAUGAGUUCAUGUACAACCCAGUGACCCGCUCGUAUGGCGAGCCGCACAAGAGGCCAGAGAUCCUCAACUCCACCGUGGAGUUCAUCGCCUCCUCGGAUUACAUGUUGCGGCCGCCUCAGCCGGCGGCAUACCUGUUUGUGCUGGACGUGUCUCAUAACGCAGUGGAGGGAGGCUACCUGAAUGUCUUCUGUCAGGCCCUACUAGACAACCUGGACAAGUUGCCUGGGGAUACGCGCACACGAGUGGGCUUCUUGACAUUUGACAGCACCAUUCACUUCUACGACAUGCAGGAGGGACUUUCCCAGCCUCAAAUGUUGGUGGUCUCCGAUAUUGAUGAUGUUUUCAUUCCGACUCCUGACAAUCUACUAGUCAAUCUGAAAGACAGUAAAGAACUGGUGAAGGACCUGCUGACUGCCCUCCCCAGCAUGUUCGCUGAAACGCGGGAGACCCACAGUGCCUUGGGCCCAGCGCUGCAGGCCGCCUACAAGCUCAUGUCCCCUACGGGCGGCCGCGUGUCCGUGUUCCAGACCCAGCUGCCCACCCUGGGGGCCGGCAAGCUGCAGUCCAGGGAGGACCCCAACCAGAGGUCCAGCACUAAAGGGGUUCAGCACCUGGGACCAGCCACUGACUUCUACAAGAAGCUUGCCCUGGACUGCUCUGGGCAGCAGAUAGCCGUGGACCUCUUCCAGCUCAGCUCUCAGUAUUCCGACCUGGCAACAUUAGCUUGUGUGUCCAAGUAUUCCGCCGGCAGCAUCUUCUACUACCCCACAUUCCAUCACGUGCACAACGUCGCCCAGCGGGACAAGUUCCGGAAAGAUCUGGAGCGCUACCUCACCAGGAAGAUUGGCUUCGAGGCAGUCAUGAGGAUACGCUGCACUAAAGGGCUGUCCAUCCACACAUUUCACGGCAACUUCUUUGUGCGCUCCACCGACCUGCUGUCCCUGGCUAAUGUGAACCCGGACUCGGGCUUCGCCGUGCAGAUGUCCAUCGAGGAGAGCCUGGCCGACACGUCGCUGGCCUGCUUCCAGGCAGCUCUGCUAUACACGUCCAGUAAAGGGAAGAGACGGAUCCGAGUGCACACGCUCUGUCUGCCAGUGGUCAGCCAGCUGAGCGAUGUGUUUGCGGGGGCGGACGUUCAGGCCAUCACAUGCUUACUGGCUAACAUGGCCAUCGACCGGUCGAUCUCGUCUAGCCUGACGGACGCACGGGACGCGCUGAUCAACUCGGUGGUGGACUCCCUGGCGGCGUACCGCGCCAACGGCUCCAACCUGCAGCCGGCCGGCCUCAUCGCCCCCGCCGCCCUGCAGCUCUUCCCCCUCUACGUGCUGGCGCUGCUCAAACAGAAAGCGCUGCGCACGGGGACCAGCACGCGCCUGGACGACCGCGUCUUCAACAUGUGCGAGUUCAAGAGCCAGCCGCUGCGGCACGUCAUGCGCCUGCUGCACCCCGACCUCUACCGCCUAGACGGCCUGUCUGAGCAGGGGGCGCUGCACCUGAAUGACGCCGUGAUCCCUCAGCCUCCGCGGCUCCACCUCACAGCAGAGAAGCUCAGCAGGGACGGAGUGUUCCUUAUGGACUGUGGCAAUGUGCUUUACCUGUGGGUGGGGAAGUGCUGCAAUGAGAUGUACAUCCGAGAGCUGCUGGGCUGCCCAAACCAUGCGUCUAUCCCGCCUAACAUGACGCAGAUUCCUGUGCUGGACAACGCGAUAUCGGAGCAGACCAACGCGUUCCUGACCUGGCUUCAGGAGACGCGGAGCUUCCAGCCGGCUCUCUACGUGGUCAAGGACGACGCCUCGGCCAAGACCAGCUUCUUCCAGCACCUGGUGGAGGACCGCACCGAGGCGGCCUUCUCCUACUACGAGUUCCUGCUCCACAUCCAGCAGCAGAUGACCAAGUAGAGGCGGAGCAGACACAGAGACCGAGGCCACCCACGCGCACACACACACCCCCUCUCACCCGAUCUAACUACCCCCCUCCUCUCCUCUGUCCUGCCCCGACCACCCCUCCACCCCACCUGCCCACCCACCAUUUCUCUGCGGCGUUUGAAAUCCUAGUUGACAAGGCACAUGUUUAGCAGGAAGCCCCUUCUCUACCUGAGGGGGACUUUAGUUUAGGAGAUGGUUAGGUUGUGGCAGGAGAACUGGGGAAGGACACUGAGAAAGACAUUCAUGGGAAGAGAGGAGAAAAGAAGAGAAGAGGAAAAAAAGAAACCCUGCCAAUGACUUUGUUUUUCCCCUUGUUAACGUUUCUGUGGCGAGUGGAGAUGGAAACGGUACAAACAAAGAUGGAGGUGAAGAUUGAGGUGGAGCAGACCAAGCAGAGCUCUGGGACGGCUCACUGGACCUCACCCCGGCACGCCCCCUCCCCCCUCCCCCAUCCCCCUAACCACCACCAUCAUGUUUCCUUCAUCCACUUCUACUGACCCCCCCACCUCCUACCUGCCCCUGCCCCCAAGAGGAAACGUCCCCUUACCUAAUCACCGCCCCCCCCCCCCCCCUUCCAACCAGGAAGUGACUUUGAGGAAGGAAAGAUUUCCUAACUCCCCUUGCGCCCCCUUCAUCUUUUAAACACUCCCGUGCAGCUCCUAGUUCUAGCCCCUUGUCUCCUAGUUCUAACCUCUUGUCUCCUAGUUCUAACCCCUUGUCUCCUAGUUCUAACCCCUCACGUCCUAGUUCUAGCCCCUCUCCCCCCUCCCCCUUUUGCUUUUCUUUCUACUACCCCUUCACAUCACCAUGAGAUGUUCACAUCAUUUCAACACUUUCUAACUUAUUUGAUUUUUUUGUUAUUUUGAUUGUUUGUUUCUUUGUUUGUUUGUUUUUAGGACACACUGACACACACGUUUUUGCGGCACAAACACACACUCUCACGCGAGAAUGAGUUUUUGGAGUUGUAGGCAAAUUAUCGCAGAUCACUUUCGGGGAACCAAAAAAAACAACAAAAAAAUGACAAAUCCAUCCUGCAACCCACACCAGGCCUCCUCCUCCUCCCCCUCUGCUUUAUCCUAGAACCAUGUGUGUUGGUCUCUCCAGCUGCAGUACUGUCCCCCCGUCAACGGUUCCACGUUUUGUUUUCUGUUGUUUUCAGAGACAGACACCAACCGCCACAAGUUGCUACCCACUUUGUAACUCUUGGAAUGGGGAAAUGCGGGGAGGAGAGGGGGGAGGAGAAAAAAAAGAGGAAAAACAGAACAUAUUUUAUGUGCUAUAAUUUAUGACCAGCUUAUUGAUUAAAAUGGAAAAAAAGAGA